AAAAAUAAAAUUUCAUAUAUCUACAUAGACAUACACACAUAUAUGCACACAUAUAUUUAUAUACAUUUUCCCUUUGUGAAUAAAUCCCAGAAAAAGCACCCAUUGCCUUAAGUCUACAUCCAGUGGCUAGAGUAAGAAGGGAAAUAGCUGUUAGAACAAAACACCAAGGUAUUAUAGCAAAAGCAGAAAUCAGUGUGGCACACCACUUUAUGAAAUCAGAAAGCAGGAUCAAUGUGCACACCUCUGAAUCCAGGGCGUUAGCCAGUCUCUGGGGCCAAGAUAGUCUAAAAGCAUUGCUGCCUCAAGUUGAGGAUGAGAAAUAAGUGAAUUAGUCCAAUGACUUAUUAAAGAUCAAAAAGUGAAUGCAAACUGGAACUGGAAUCCAUCUCCGUGAUUGUCUGUCACACCUGCUAUUGCCAUUCUCAAAAAAAGAAGAAAGAAUUAAGAAAAAAAGAAGAAAAAAAGAAAAGAAAGAAACUUAGAAGAAAAAGGAAGGAGGAAGAAGGAAGAAGGAAGAAGGAGGAAGAGGAAGAAAGAAAAAAAAAAUCAAGUUUUACCAAACUAUUCCCACCUUUUACUCCUCUGUGGUGGUAGAAAUUUUUAAGUUUCAUCUAUUGUUAACUAAUGACCCCAUUUGGGUUUACUUGGCAAAAAUACUGUCAUUUUGAUUUGUCAUUUUCUUCUCCAGCUCUUUUUACUGAUGAGGAAACUGAGGCAAGCAAGUCUAAGUGACUUGCUCAGGAACACACAGAUUGUGUCUGAGGCCAGAUUUGAUUUCGGGGAAAACGAGUCUUCCUGACUCCCUUUGCUAUCUCGCUGCCCACAUUUCAUUUAGGUAAUGAAUAAAUCAUUCAACUCUUCUGACCUUCAGGAUCUUCACAAAAAUAUAACAUUGACGCUAAAAAAGGCUUUAUAAACUAGUUCCAAGUAACUGUAAACUAUUGUCUUUAGCGGCAAAAGACUUACUCUUGUGUACUAUUUAAAAAUAGCUCCACUGUGUCAUAGAAAUCGUACAGUACUUGGAAUCAAAAAACCUGCAUUCGAAUCCUAGUUAUUGCUACUUGCUUAGUACCUGUGUGACCAUGGGCAAGUCAUUCCGGGCCUACUUUCUUGCAAAAUCAGAGCGGAAGUGGAUAAUCUCUACUAAAGUUCUUUCCAGUUCUGAAUCCUAUGAUCCUAUAAUGGAGUUUCCAAGCCUCGUAAACAAACCGGGUAAAAUACUCCCCUAUCUUUCUCUCUGUCUUCUGCUUGCUCUUCUAUUGGUUAUUUCACUAGCAUUUUGUUUGGGGACCCAGCUCACAGUUAUCGAUAUUUCUGCAAACGUAACAAUGUAGUCAGCUGUUUAAAAAAAAAAAUCAAAAAACAAAACCUCCACCAAAAAAAACCAACCCGAAGUCUACACUUACACAAAGCUCCAAAAGUAAGAGUUUUUAAUGUAGAUACGAUGUCUAUGAAGAAGAUAGCUGUCUCUCUUUGGGCCUACAACUACCUUAAUGAAAAGACUUUAGUUUUGAAUCCUAGGGGAAUGGGCCGGAGUGAAGUGAUGCACAUUAACACACUGACACGGAGGAGAGGGGAGGGAUGAAAUGAUUGGUCAGAAGUCCCGCCCAGGGAAAGUUUAGCAGCAGGCGUUUUUAUCGGCCUAUUAUGCAGAUCGCCACCGCGGAAUACCUCAAACUGUGAGCUCAGCUGAAGACCUAAAACACAUGCUCCACCACCUGGUGUAUUCUGAGGCUAGUGCUCAGAAUGGGUGGGGUUUGUGUAUACACAACUCGACUUCCACAUGAUCGUUGGGUGUGGAAAAGUUAAAUCUGGCUCCCAAAGCUCAGGCUGGUGAUCCCACCCCAAAGCUGGCCCGCCCAGGUCUGCCUUAGUUAAAAAAUUGGGGGGCCCCCCAGAGGGCACCCCUUCCACCCCAUAAGAGAUGAAAGGAUUGCGGGUUGAACAUUUGUCAAGUUUCCCCCACAGGCAGUGGGCGGAGUUCCAAGAAAGGGAUGGGCGGAGAGAGAGGGCAAGAGGGGAGGGACGCCCGCUGCUAAACUCGCCUCCCUCUUCCAAGUUUCGCUAUGUUGUUCCACUGCCUCCUUCGUCCCGCUCCUCCAACUGAGGAUAACCCGGCGGAGGGGAGCCUAAAGAAAUGGCAAGAGGAGCAGAGCAGCCAUCGAGGAGGUAAGAGAAAAGGGGAGACGAAGAAGAAAGGGGAGAAGCAGACAGGACCACUGGAAAGUAACGCCCUCGUCAUCCUGCCUCUCCAUCACACCCUGCCCUCCCUGCCUCUUCCUGGUUCUCGGGCAACAACCAGGAGCCCCCGAUUGGGAUUCAGGGGGCAAAGGGAGGGGAAACUCGAAAUAGUCUAAGGAGUCCUGGGGGUCGGGAGCGCGGGGUGGGGUGGGAAGGGGAGGGGCGGGAAGGACAGACAUGAAGAGCCGGCGGCGGCGGCGCCGGCAGCAUCGAAAGCUCCUGUUGUUGCUGGUUUUGUAUACUCUGGUCCUGCUGCUGCUGCCCUACGUUCUGGACAGCCGCAAGGGCGGCGAGGAGGCGGGCGUCCCGCGCUGUCCCAGCCUCCCAAGCAGCCUGGGAGUGUGGAGCCUCGAGGCGGCGGCUGCUGGGGAGAAGGAGGAGACUAAAACUUUGAUCGGGACCGGAAGGGGAGCCUCGGAGAACCUCCAGAACGGGAGCGACUUUGCCCGACGGCCGCCGUUACUGCGCGAGAAGCAGCACAUCUACCUGCACGCUACUUGGAGGACCGGCUCGUCCUUUCUCGGGGAGCUUUUCAAUCAACACCCGGACGUGUUCUACCUGUACGAGCCCAUGUGGCACCUGUGGCAAGCGCUAUACCCGGGCGACGCGGAGAGCCUGCAGGGUGCCCUGCGAGAUAUGCUCCGCUCGCUCUUUCGCUGCGACUUCUCCGUGUUGCGGUUGUACUCCCCGCCGGGAGACCCCGCCGCACCGGCCCCGGCUUCCGCCAAUCUCACCACGGCUGCCCUCUUUGGCUGGAAGACCAACAAAGUGAUCUGCUCUGCGCCCCUGUGCCCGGGCGCCCCUAAGCCCCGGGCCGAGGUGGGGCUCAUCGACGGGGCCACCUGCGAACGAAGCUGCCCGCCCGUGUCGUUGCGGGAGCUGGAGGCUGAAUGUCGGAAGUACCCGGUGGUAGUAAUCAAAGACGUUCGCCUGUUGGACCUGGGAGUCUUGGUGCCGUUGCUGCGGGAUCCGGGUCUCAACCUCAAGGUCAUUCAGCUAUUUCGUGAUCCACGGGCGGUGCAUAAUUCGCGCCUCAAAUCCAAGCAAGCUUUAGUGCGCGAAAGUAUCCAGGUGCUACGCACCCGGCAGAAGGCGGACCGCUUCCACCGCGUGCUCUUCGCCCAAGGCGUUGGCGCCCGGCCGGGGCCGUCUCUGUUCCGGGCUCAAGCUCCGGGACCCCGUGCGGACUACUUUCUCAGCGGGGCCCUGGAGGUGAUCUGCGAGGCUUGGCUGCGGGACUUGCUCUUCGCCGGGAGUUCUCCUGCUUGGUUGCGCAGGAGAUAUACUCGGCUGCGCUACGAGGACCUUGUUUUGGAACCUCGCACCCAGCUGGCUCGUCUGCUGCACUUUGCCGGUUUGCCCACUCUGCAGGCCCUGGAAGACUUUGCCCUCAAUAUGACUCGCGGCUCGGGUUAUAAUGCCGACCGACCCUUUCUCAUUUCGGCCCGGGACGCUCGGGAAGCGGUGCACGCGUGGAGGGAGCGGUUGAGUCAGGAGCAGGUCCGCCAAGUGGAGACCUCCUGUGGUCAGGCUAUGCGCCUGCUAGUUUAUCCGCUCAGUGGAGAAGAAGUAGGUGGCGGCGGCGGCGGUGGCGAAAAAAAUGUUGCGGAAGGGAAGCCUCCUGGGGAGAAGUUGCAGAAAGGAAGGGAAGGCACUUCAAAGCAGCGCCCCAGCCAUUUUAAAGGUUCCACCUUGUCUUUUCUGUGGUGCUUCUCCCUCAGAACUUUCUCCUCCCCUAAGCUCUUUUGGGCCCAGAACCUUUGGUAAACCGCAACAUUGAAGUGUACAGUCCAGAAGAAUGAAGAAUCAACUGCCAAUAGGAUUACUUUGCACAGUUGGGGUAUUGAGACUUCACUUGACACUAACUGCUGAACAGUUCUGCAUAGCAGAAAAAAAUAGCGAGCAGUUAACACAACGGACACUUCUGCAAAGACUACAUUUCCAAUAAGGAAGUGACAUAGUGCAAUAUGGAUACAGUGGCCCUCCAAUAUGGAGGGCUUUAUUUUCCAGCUUGAAUCUGCCAGUGGUGAUUGCUGCCCUUUGAAUGACAUUCCCAGUGAUGAAGAGGAGACUUUUUUCUUAUGAUUUCAGAAUUAAUGAUGUUUAUAUCACAACUUGGACAAAAAUAUUGAUCUGAAAACCAUGGCGAGCGUGGUCUUGCCCUAUGUUCAUUCUGUAACUUAAAGAAAACUUCUUGUUUUAA